CAUUUAGAACAGCCGCAUUUUUGUGCUGUUGCUCUUUAACCUCAACCUUCUUCUCUUCUUGCUUGCUUUUUCUCCACUUCUGCCGACCACCUAUCUGACAACCUACUCUCUUUCUGCACAACAAUGAGCUCCCACGACAACGAGGAACUUAUCGACUAUGAGGAUGAGCACGACGUUAUCCCCAAUGGCACAGCUUCUGCUGCUGUUGCCAACGGGACAGCGGCGUCAGCAGUGGAUGGCGAGGUCGACAAAGACAAGAAAAACUUCUCCGGAAUACAUUCGACGGGCUUCAGGGACUUCUUGUUAAAACCUGAACUUCUGAGAGCCAUCAGUGACUUGGGUUUCGAGCACCCCUCAGAAGUUCAACAAGAAUGCAUUCCUCAGGCUGUUCUGGGAAUGGACGUUCUCUGCCAAGCAAAGUCAGGGCAUGGUAAGACAGCAGUCUUCGUGCUCGCGACUUUGCAGCAACUGGAGCCCGUCAACGGAGAAGUUUCUGUUAUUGUUCUCUGCCACACCCGCGAGCUCGCUUUCCAGAUCAAGAAUGAAUACACCCGCUUUGCCAAGUAUAUGCCCGACGUGCGGGUUGGCACAUUCUAUGGCGGCACCCCCGUUCAAAAGGAUGCGGAGACCCUUCGUGACAAGACACGCUGUCCCCACAUUGUCGUGGCCACUCCUGGACGACUCAAUGCCCUUACAAGAGACAAAAUUUUGGAUGCAAAGAACGUCAAGCACUUCAUUUUGGAUGAGUGCGAUAAAAUGCUAGAACAGCUUGACAUGCGUCGAGACGUCCAAGAAAUCUUCCGUGCAACACCUCACCACAAGCAGGUGAUGAUGUUCAGUGCCACGCUAGCGAAAGAAAUUAGGGCCACGUGCAAGAAAUUCAUGGCAAAUCCUUUGGAGAUCUUUGUUGAUGAUGAGACGAAGUUGACGCUGCACGGACUGCAACAACACUACGUGAAGCUUGAUGAGAACGCGAAGAACCGGAAGUUGAACGAGCUACUAGACACCCUAGAGUUCAACCAAGUGGUUAUCUUCGUCAAAUCAGUCGCAAGAGCUGUUGAGCUGGACAAGCUCCUAGUGUCUUGCAAUUUUCCUAGUAUCAGCAUUCAUUCAGGCUUGGCUCAAGAGGAACGUAUAAAUCGUUAUACUGCGUUCAAGGCCUUUGAAAAGCGCAUACUUGUCGCAACCGACAUUUUUGGUCGUGGCAUUGAUGUCGAACGGGUCAACAUCGUGAUCAACUACGACUGUCCGCCAGAUGCGGAUAGCUACCUUCAUCGUGUCGGUCGUGCAGGUCGUUUCGGGACGAAGGGUUUGGCGAUCACGUUCCAAUCAAGUGAGGCAGAUCAACAAGUCAUGUCUGCCAUCCAAUCACGCUUUGAAGUCGCUGUGCCCGAGCUUCCCGACCACAUUGAUCCUGCUACUUACAUGACGUCGUAAUUUCAUCUACGCUUAUCCAUUCUCGAUACUGUUGUUUUCUCGUUGUCUUCCUCCCAAACACUCCUCGAUUGUCUGAGCAUAUGUAAUGUUAUUUUAGUGGGUAGUCGAAUCCAUCAUUGUGCUUCCUAACUUGUGAUGAAGUCCAAGUUUUCUCAGUACGUUUGUCACGUUGUUACCACCGCCGAUCGACCCUACAUUUUCAACAACCCUUGGAGCGUUUG